AUGCCACCAGUUGCUUCCUCCACUGUCCACACUCCUGAGGUCGCUUCGGUUUUGAAGACUAGCAAACCUGCUGGCAAGGAUCAGGAUGCUGCUGCCCCGUUCAACCCGUUUUACAGCUACUACGCACCAACAGAUGAUACGGGGGAUGAUCAGACCUAUCAAUACGCGAAAUACAAGGCAAAUAUGACCCCUCGAACACAGAUGCCAUACUUCCCUGAAGUAGAUUGGCAACCUCUUGGACCGAUCAACGUACAGGACCGUGGUCUUUUCGCCGAUCCUGAGAAAAGAUCCCUUCUGUCGGCUGCGACCAAAGUUAAGCACCUAACUCCAGCCCUCGGUGUUGAACUCCAUGGUAUCGACCUUCGCUAUCUCACCGACGCUCAGAAAGAUGAACUUGCACUUCUAGCUGCUGAGAGGACUGUUGUUGUCUUCCGAAAUCAGCCGAUCACGAUUGAAGAACAGCUGGAUCUCGGCCGUCAUUAUGGUACUCUUCACAAGCAUGCCACCACCCCUGUUCCUCGUGAACCUGGAUUAGAAGAAGUCCAUGUGGUUUAUGCGGAUUCGGCCAGGAAGCCCGAUCCCACCGCGUUCUCCAAGAUUGAGCUCUGGCACUCGGACGUGACAUAUGAGCAGCAGCCUCCUUCCCUUACGUCUCUGAAAGUGAUUACCUCCCCCGCCUGUGGUGGGGACACACUGUGGAGCUCCGGAUACGCUUUAUACUCAUCGCUGUCGCCCGACAUGCAAGCCUAUCUGGACAAGCAGUAUGCGGUGCACAGCGCCGUUCUUCAAGCACAAGGAUCUCGUGCCGCUGGCACGCACGUGAGGAGGAAAGAGAUCGAAACGAUCCACCCGGUCGUACGUGUACACCCCGUCACUGGGUGGAAGAGCGUCUUCGUCAAUCCUGGAUUUACUCGUCGUAUCCUGAACGCUCCGAAAGCCGAAUCGGAUUCCAUCCUCAGUUUCUUGUUCCAUCAGAUUGCGGAAAACCCGGAUUUCCAAGUUCGCAUCAGCUGGGAGAGCAAUGACAUUGUGCUCUGGGACAAUCGGGUUUGCACUCACUCUGCGACCUUCGACUUCUAUCCAGAGCGGCGACAUGCUUUGCGUGUCACUCCCCACGGCGAGCGACCGAUUUCCGUCGCAGAGUAUGAACAGGAUGGCAAGAAGGCGAAAGAUCGCCAGGUAGAGAUAUGGAAGCUGCAAGGCAUCGAAGUUCCGACACCAGUUGUGCCGGUUGCAGGUGGCGUUAUAAAGCAGAAGGUCUACAAUGACUAGAUAUGUAUAGAGUACUAUGGUAGUACACAUGGUAUCAAACCCGUCGAAACAAUCAAGCAGGUAUCGGCAAUGACCCAUGAACAUUGCUACAACACAUUUCGAGGACGAAAGGUGCUUCAGGAAGAAGAUAAGAGGAAGAAGGAACAUGAAGAAAGAUUAUAGCGCUACCGGGAGGCGCGCACAGGAGUAAGAGAUAAGAGCAGAUUCGAGUCCAAUCCGGCAGACUUGCAACAAUACACAUUAAAGCUGGACCGGAGAUGUCAGCCGUAUACCCUGGCGUUCUCCUGUAGCUGGUGGUUGGUGGCAGCCGAAGUUUGGGAAUAUGACAUAGGCCCUCCUGCUUGCAUGCGCAUGGAUGACCAACCGUUGAUAUGGCCUUCAGGGAGGUCCGCUCUGACAUUGGACAUUUGAUUGGCGAGAAGGGAAGUCGAGGGCUGCGGCUGCCAAUACUGAUUGUCCGUCGAUGCGCUUGUGCUUUGCGCUUGGGAGACUGAUCCUUGCGGAAGCACAGACUGAGGUUGCGCAUUCCACGCGUUACCAGCGACAUGAGCGAGCUGAUAAAGGGGAUCCGUUGUUUGCGUCAUGGGCGUUGUGUAUGUCGAAGUUGGGAGGUGGGACG